CUGCCUUUACCGAAAGUUUGUAUUGACAAGAAAGUGUAGACUAUACAAAUUCCGCUUUGUAUCUGAUAGCAUAAAACGAAGAGUUGUAGCUGAUGCUUCAAAAGUCACAGAGGACAUAACCAUGGCUAAACCAAGUCAGUUAGACUUAGUGUAUGGACUUUGUAAAAACAAAGAGUUUCGAUCCCAAUGGGAAGGCUUGUAUAAUCCAACAAUGAUGUAUGUGAGAAUCCAUUGUAAAGAUCUAUUUAGUGAUAAUAUAUGGCAAGAUGUUGUAAAAUACCAAGUAGAUGGUCAAAUUGAAGUGAUCCAGAAAUAUGCAGAGGAACUUCUGAAUGAAGUUGUCAAAUAUUUUGAUGAUAAAAUUCAAACAUGUGAAGGAGGACUUAGUAUGGUCUCUGAAAAAAUGCAAUAUAUAGUCACUAGAGAUGAAUUAAAGAAAAAGUAUGAGAAUGAGCCAUACCGAUUUAUUGAAACUUUAGUCACAUGUUUGAAGGAGGAAGAGGUGUUGAUUGAUCAUUAUACAAAGCCAAAUGAAGAAGAGCUCAAAAAAGAAAAUAUUUCUCGAACUAUAAAACUCUUGGAAGAAUCUGAAACAUUUGAACGGAGCCUUGAAAAAAAAGUAAAAAACUUUAAUUCUUUGUUGGAAGAAGAAAAACGGAAGGUUAAAGAACUUGACAAGAAAAAAGAAGACACACAGGAAGCACAGAACAUGUCAGACACAUCAAGACGAAAGAAUGGUGUCAAUUCUGGUAAUGUGUUGGAGAAGUUAAAUAAUGAUACGAUUGUGAUACAGAGGAGAUUAGUUGAGAUUGCUCAUGAAACAGACAGGGCUAAACAUGCCAUCAAGGAUGCAUUAAGAGAUUUCCUUAAAAGAGGAACAGAAUUAAGGAAAACAUUUUUAGAAGUGAUAACUAAAUGGAAGAAACAAUCAAAGUCUAAAUAUGUAGCAUUAGUGGAGACUGACUACCCACUUAAAGAAAUGGAAGAUAGGUGUAAGAAGUAUGGAAAGUUGCUGUACAAUACUCUUGAAUUUAUCCAGGCAGAUUUACUUGUACUUUCUAAUUGUAAGUGGGAUAUGGAGAUAGAUGUUGAUCUACAAGACAUCGUCAACAACCUGUACAAACUAUUCGAAGAAAUCUGUCAAAGCACAUUUCUGGUUACUGAACAAACCCGUCAUCUCAUAAAAGUAGAACUUGGGUCAAAAAAGAGGACAAAGGAUGCUGCUGAUGAUGAAGAAACUAAGCCAGGAAAAACCUUCAAGUGCCCAAAAUUUACUGCUACUGUCAGAUUGGUAGCUACAGAAGGUUUGGUUGGACGACAGAAAGUUAAAGCUUACUUCUGUCAUGAAGAUUCUUUGAAUGAUAUUCAUCAUCGAAAUGCUUGGGAAGAAUUAGCUGAGAAGAGUUUCCCAUUGCUUAAUAAAGGAAAUUCCCGAACAAUGCCAUUUGGACAGCAGGGAUAUGCUACAUUCAGGAACUUGGAGUUGACUGACUUCAAGAGGGAUCAGGACAAACAUGUCUGUGAGGAGAAAUACAGAAUUGUUUUUGUAACAGAACAGAAUGUUGCUAGUAAAAAACUUGUAUUUAGGACCAUAUCAUUACCGAUAAUUAUAACAACUGGAGCCAGCCAAGGAUCAAAUGCCCAUGGUUCUUUGUUGUGGCAGUGUUUCAGUGUUGAAGAUCUGAUGGAUUUUCCUCUGACCAGUCCUUCUGUCUUGCCAUGGUCUACUGUAUCAGCUAUGCUGAACAGUAAAUUCAAAACUUUAGAUGGAAGGGAUUUAAGACCAGAUGAACUUAUGCAUCUAGCAUCAAAGCUUUCAGGAUUACCGAAAUCCAAUAUAACAGGUAAAACAGAGAUACAGUUUAGAAAGUUCUGUUUGGAUAAGAUGAUGGAUGUUAAGGAAUCCAGGGACGCUAAGAAUAAAUCAGCAACUUUCUGGAUGUGGGUUCUCUCUGUUUAUAAUCUGACCAAAUUCCAUCUACAGGAUUAUUGGACAGAAGGAUUAAUUGAUGGGUUUUCUGCCAAAGAAGAUUGUGAAAUGAAAUUAAAACUUUUGAAGCCUUUCAAGAGCUACACUUUUCUUCUGAGGUUCUCAGACAGAGUCAUUACAGAUGGUCAAGGUCAAAAUAUGUGUGGUGCAGUUUCUGCUUCUUUUGUUUAUAAAACUGAACAAGGAGAAAUAAAAGUUGGACAUGCAAAACCAUUCAAAGCAGACUCCUUUAAGAAGAAAAGUUUAGCACAGUUGGUGAAAUCUGUACAUCUAAAGGAGAACAAUGAAGAAGUGUCUUUACAAUGGAUCUAUCCUGGAGAAAAUAGCAGAGACGAAGCAUUUGCAUCAUUUUAUCAAGAUAGUAGAAAAAUGACCAUUAAGGAUGAUUACCUGGAUUUUGAGGAAAGAUUAUAUGUGAGAUUGAAUCAUAUGUCAAUUGAGGAUACUGUUAAAGAAGAACCUCCUAGUGACAUACCUGUGACUAAGAAGUCCAAACAUGAAACAACAGAACCUACAUUUAUUUAUAGUGAUCAGCAGAUAAAUGAUAUGGUAGCUACUAUUGACAAAUAUGACCAUCCCAGUCCUACCUCAACCUUAUAUGGAGGAGGAGAGAGAAACAGUAAUGAGUCUACACCUAUGUCACAGGAACCCAGUCCAGCUUCUACAUACAACAUAAUGUCACCUGAAAGCACCAUUAUGAAUGGAAUGAGUUACUCCAAUGGUUACCCAGUAUUGAGUCCUCAAGGCUCAUUGUCAAGUGGAAUGGCUGUAGCAAGUCCACAGAGUUCGAUUGAUGAGUCUCAGGUUUUAUCUCCAGAGCAGGAAGCCAGUAUCCCAGUGACAGUCUUAGAUGAAAUUGGAAUUAAUGGAAUUCCGUCUGGUUUGGAUCAAAUAGUAAAUGGUAACUGUACUUACAGUGCACAAGUGAAUGGAAACCUUUGUUACACCUUACCUGCCCAAGGUCUUGUUUAUAACAGAUCUCAAAGUCUCCCGGACCAACAUCCAACUUUGAUUAAUUUGCUGAAGAAUAAAGCAUCAGUAGAAGGUCUCAAACAAAAGCUUCUUUCUAAACAUGCACAAGGUACUCAACCUCCUCAGUUCAUUCCCGUCAGAGAAACUAAUCAAAUUGAUUUGAACUCUGUUCAGAAAGAGCUUACUGCUGAACAGUUGGUGGACUUUUCAAAUUUGACUCUGACACUAGCCAAUGCAUACCCUAUGGAAGGUAACCCGCAGCUGUCUUUGGCAGAACAUAAUCAAGAGGAAAACUUUGGGAUACCUGAAGUUGAUAUACCAGCUGACACUUUGGAAACCAUCAACCAGCCAACAGAUUUAAUGAUUACAGAAGAGAAUAAUGCUAACAUGAUACAACAGUUACAGCAAAUGGUAACAGAUCCGGAACAACUUCGUAAUUUUGGACACUUAAUGGCUGUUUUAACAGAAUUUUACCCCCAAAAUACUUCUCUGAUUUUGGACAGACAAGACCUUGAAAACCCUGAUAACUAACAUUUUUUGUUUUUGUUCAAAACUUUAUUUCAAUUUUUUAUGAAUCAUGAAUUUAACAGUAAGUUUGCUUGGCUCAACUGCUUCAUAGUUCCAUGUGAGCUAUUGUUAUCACUUUGCGUCCAGUGUCCAUCUGACUGGAUGUUGAUCUUAGACAGUUUUCAUUUUCAUAAUCUACCCUAAAACCACAGGUCAAGUUUGAACCAAAGUUGGCAGGAAUAACACAUGGAAGGUCCUUUUUAAUAUGUCUCAUUAUUCUGAUUGAUAGAAACUAUGAAUGCCAAAUGCAGAUUCUUUCAAAAGACUUCUCCUCUGAAACUACCUGAUAAAAUAUUUUUGACACUUUAUUUUUAAUGAAAACAAAGCCAUGGCAGCCAAAGUUGAAUUUGUCAGAAGUUAUGUUAUCUUUGAACUGAAUAUUAACCAGGUGAGUGAUUUGUCUCCUUAAAGCCUGUCUGUUAUUUUUUAAUCUUUCAAAGUAGAAAUGUAUAUAAAAACAUAUAAUAUCCACUAUGUAUUUAAUGUUUGUUAUGAUAUUCAUAUUAUUCAAAUAUUUUCAAAACUGAUUUGUGAUUUUAAAUAGCUUUCAAACUGGUUGAUCAUAUCUUUAUCUUGUGUUAUUAUAAAACCUUGCCAUUAUUACAUUUAAGUCAUUUAUAUAUACAGUUUAUUUUGUUGAUUGGAAUAUUAAACACUUUCUUAGAAUUGCGCUUGUAAACAGUGUUUAAAUUUUUGUAAAAUGUAUUGCACAUAAUUUUCUGUAUUUGGUAGCCUCUGAUUGUUAAGGUGAUUAAUACAAAAAAGACACAAUAGCUUUUUUUGUUAUAACAUCACAAUAUUUUUUUUAUCUUUUUGUAAAUUAGCUAUUUUUCAAUUAGAUUCAUUCCAAAUUGUAUAUCUUUGCAGAGAUAUUUUAUUAUAGUAUUUGGGUUGACAUUGAACUUACUUUUAUUCAAAAGGUUACAGUAAAUAAUUAAAUGAAAUGUAUAGUUUUUUGUACAAAUUAAGAUACUUUGAUAUUCAUAUUUUUGUUUUGUACAGUGAUGUGUGUUGAAUUGAUAUUGUAGUUAAUAGAAAUUAUUUUUUGACAGUUUAUGUACUAAAAGUAUAUCAAAGUUUUAUUCAGGUGACAUUAUUCUAUCAUAUGAUUAUUUCUUUACACAUUUUUUUUUAGAAUAUUUGAAUGUAGUCGGAAUAAUUUUGCUCUAUGAAUAUUUAGAAAUUAAUCUUAUUUGGUCGAUAUGAAAGAUAAAAGUGAAAAAGAUAUUGCAACAGAUAAGGCUUUGACAAUCUGAUCAUCACAUGGUUUACAUUUUCCAACAUAAACCAUUAGUCAAACAUGUUAAAGUCAUACUGUAGAUAGUACAUGAAAUUAAGUUUACAGUAUCAAAUUCAAAAAUCUGAUAAAAGCUUCUUUAGAAUAUAAAUACUGCAAGUUUAAAAGCCUUAUAUUUCUUUGACAUUUUUAUUUAUUUACUGCUAAAUACUAGGAGCAUGAAGUUAACAGUCCAUAAGAAAACAUGUUAAAGUGGACCAGUCUUUGCUCUCUCUUCUAAAUGCUGCAUUCUUAGCAGAGAAACAUCAAAUGUCAUUGUACAAGUCUGUUUUUACCCGCCCAGGGAUCAAACCAAAUACCUCCUGUACUACUAGCAUAAGACCUUAGAGAUAGUUAACUUUUCAUAGAGGUAUCAUUCCUAUCAAGAAGGUAACCUUCUUGCACUAGCAGAUUUGCUGCAAUUUCACUUUGUAUAUAGAUAUAUGAAUAUGAUUUCUUGUUAUUCUACAAGAUUGACAUUAUCAUAUUAAAAAAAUAUGAACACUGAUCUCUUGGAUAUUUAAAAAAACCAUUUUGUAGCUUUGUCAUUGUUUGUUUGAUUGGCUGUUAUGUUCACAAGCUACAUAUCAGUGUAAUUUGUUGUAGUUUAUGUAUAAUUAAUGGAAUACAAUUUAUAUUCAAUGUGCCAUUUAAAUACACAAAAUAUAAAGACUUUUUUGUAAGCUAUUUCUUUACAAUCAUAAAAGGUAUGAUGUAUUGGGAUAUUUACUGCAACUAUUUUAAUAUUUUCAGUGAUUUAAAAGUACUUUUUAUCAUUGCUCAAAAAUACUCUGUAAGACUUAUGAAUACCCAGUAUUUGCAAUUUAAGCUCACUCUAAACACAAAGAAUGAAAAAAAAAACUCCCUCUAUGAUGACACAAAUGCCUUUUUAGUCCCAAGAAUUUAGGGUAAUCUGAUUGCACCAAAUAAGGUUAGCACUUAUGGUGUUUCAGUAUAUUACAUUUUAAAAGUAGUUCAUUAAAGACACAUAUAGUAGACGUCAAAUCACUUUGAAUUGUUUGUUUAUUGCGUAGCAUAUUUCCAAUCCUGGAUAAUUUUUUUUAUCUUUAUUGAAUAAAACUCCAUUUUGCACUUAUAAAUGUUCUUUUGGAAAAUGUUGGCUUUGUGUUAAAAAAAAAAAGCUAUCACAAAAACUAUUUAGGUCAGACCAUGUGAUCAAUGUUUGCAAAAUUUGUCUGUAAAUUUUAAAUCCUAAUUUCAUGUAUAGUUAUAGAAAACGUACAUUUCGUUUAAAAAAAGAUGUUCAUUAGUUUUUAAUCUUAAUUUCAUAUCUUAUGUAUAUAUUUUAUUUAUGAAGAUGUAAAAUAUUGUGCCAUAUUGAAACGGGAAUAUGUUUUGAGUUCCAUUGAUAUUCAUAGCAAGUUGCCAACAUAUUUGUAAACAUUACACAUUUAUCGAGUCAUUUUACUGUGUAGAUAUAUAUAUAUAUAUUGUGGGUUUAUUACACAUUAUGGACACAAAGCUUUUGAUUUUAGAGUAGAAACACAAAUUCUGUUUUCUUUAUGUAGCAUUAGCAAAUUUUGUCUACUGUCCGUCCUGUGAAUUUUUAGAGAACCUUUAUUUCACAAAAAAAAAUUAAGUCUACCCAUACUUGACCUUAUAUUUAUAAUUGUUAAUACUCCUUCUACUCUUUUCACAAAAAAUAUUUCGAUUAAAAUUGAUCGUAAGUUAUACUGAAAUGUGUAUGACUUACGAGUAUUUUUACUCUUAAGAUAUUUUAUGAAAAGAACUGCAGUCUCUUGUCUCAUCAAUUUAUCUAUUGACAGCUGAUUGAUUUAUUUGUCAAUGAUGAUGGAAUUAUAGAAAUAUCAAGACAAAAUUAUAACAGGUGUUUGAAAUUGUAAACCUUAAAAAAAAAAAAAAAAAAGAUUUGACAUCUGUUUGUUAUGGUAUAUUUUUUUUUAAACCAAUUUUUUUUAAUAAGCAAGACAUGCAAUAUUUUAGGUCAAAUAUUGUUUAUGUACAUUAGUGAAAGCUAUAUAGUGCAUGUUUAUUUGUUGUUAAUUUUGAUCUGUAAAUAAAAAAUCAUUAUUUGUAAA